UUUUCUAUUGUUUGCUCGAUGCAUGCCGGUAUUUGGUCCAUUUCGAUCACAGAACUCGUAAAUUGCUUUUGACUUAACUAACUGAUCAUUGAAUUUCAUCACAUCAGUGUUCCAAUCACUUCGAAGAAAACGAUAGUUUGAUUUGUUAUAUUAUUUCCAUACUCGUUCACAUUAUAUAUAAAAUGGCUGAAUGGGAUUUCGAAACUAAUGUUGAACCUUCUUCACCCAGAGAAGGUGGUCGUGGACGUGGUCGUGGUCGAGGUCGUGGCCGUGGUGGCUACUCAAGAAAUGAUAGAGAUGAUGAUGAUGCUUGGAGAGGCAAUGAUGAAUCAUUUGGAAAUGAUUUUGGUGGAAGUGGUGAAAGUAGUGGACGGGGAAGAGGAAGGGGGCGUGGAGGAGGUCGUUCAAGAUUUAAUGAUAGACAAGCUGGAGGAGAUUAUGAUAAUUUUGGUGAAGAAGGCGAAACAGAUCAGCCACCAGCAUCAGAUAAACCAAGACCAACAUAUAUUCCUGCAGAGAUAACUGAUGAUGAUAUCACUUCAAUUGAUGUAGGUUCCAAUUUUGAUAAAUAUCAAAAUAUUGAAGUUAAAGUUAGUGGAGAUGCUGUACCAAAACAUAUUGAAUCAUUUAAAAGUUCUGGUCUUCGUGAAAUUUUAAUUGAAAAUUUGGCAGCUUGUAAAUAUACAACUCCUACUCCAAUUCAAAAACAUGCCAUUCCAAUAGUAAUUAAUGGUAGAGAUAUGAUGGCGAGUGCUCAAACAGGUUCUGGUAAAACAGCUGCUUUUGUAUUGCCAAUAUUGCAUACUUUGUUAAAUGAACCACAAGAUUUAGUAUUUGAACGUGAUUACUGUGAACCUCAGUGUGUAAUUAUGUCUCCUACUAGAGAACUUGCAAUACAAAUCCGUGAAGUUGUGUAUAAAUUAGCAAAAGGUACUAUAAUUAAACAUGGAUUACUUUAUGGUGGAACUGCCACUGGUUAUCAAAAAUCACAAAUUGUGAAUGGUGUUCACAUAAUAGUUGCUACUCCAGGUCGCUUAAAUGAUUUUGUUGGUCGUGGUAUUGUGUCUUUUAGAUCAGUUAGAUUUUUUGUAUUGGAUGAAGCUGAUAGAAUGUUGGAUAUGGGUUUUAAGCCAGAAAUUGAAAGAAUUUUAAAUCAUGAAACAAUGGUUGACACUAACUCGAGACAAACCCUGUUGUUUUCGGCUACACUAGCUGAUGAAAUUCAAAUGCUGGCUAAGUCUUACAUGAAACCAAACUAUGCUUUUGUUGCUGUUGGUGAAGUUGGUGGCGCAUGCAAAGAUGUAGUGCAAGAAAUCAGAGAAGUUGCUAAAUUUGAGAAAAAAAAAGAAUUGAUUAAAGUUUUAGAGUCUCUUGGAGAUUGUUCUGGAACAAUGGUGUUUGUGGAACAAAAAAGAAAUGCUGAUUUCAUUGCUGCCUUUUUGAGCGAAAAAGACUUUCCUACUACCAGUAUUCAUGGAGAUAGAGAACAAGCUGAAAGAGAACAGGCAUUGCGAGAUUUUAAAAGUAACAAAAUGAAAAUUUUGGUUGCAACAGCUGUAGCAGCAAGAGGAUUAGAUAUAAAAGGUGUAAAUUGUGUGAUUAAUUUUGAUAUGCCUUCUAGUAUUGAUGAAUAUGUUCAUAGAAUUGGACGUACGGGUCGUUUAGGAAACACCGGUAGAGCUGUUUCAUUUUAUGAUGGUAGUAGUGAUGGUGGACUGUGUUCGGAAUUGGUUCGUAUACUUAAGCAGGCUGAUCAAGAAGUACCAUCAUUUUUGUCUGGUGGUGAUUGUUAUGGCAGCAGUGAUUAUGGUACACAACAAUCAUUUAAUGAUAUAAGAUCAACGCAAACUGCCGGUAAUGGAGCUGAUGAUGAUGAUGGAUGGUAAGAGCUAUGCAUAUAUUGUCUAUGUGAAACAUUUGUUAUUUUGUAUAUUAGAUUGUGUUGAUAUUCUUAUAUCUAUUAAGUUAUGUUUGUUUAGUUACGAUUUUUGAUCAGCGUAAUGUUUAAAUAUUUGUAUAUAGUUUUAUUAUUAUGUAAGACAAACAUGAGAUGACCUUUUAUUUGACAAGUUUUUGUUAUGGUAUUUGAUUGAGAGUAAUUAUAUGAACUUAUUUUGAUAUUUCAAAAUCAAGCUCAUGAAUAAACUUUCAUACUUUA